AUACACUAAGUAGAAUAUGUAUGCAGUAGAACAUGUUGCCUAUGUUCAGGCGACGAACACCGCAAUGGUAUAAAGAGAUGCAUCGAGAUGUAUUGAAAUCGGCUACAAAUGUUUCUAAUAAUGGCAAUUUAUCUACAGUUAAUGAUGCCCGGGCUGAAAACGACGAAAGACAAACAGCCAGAGAACAAAUUGAAUUAGUACAACAACAAAAACGAGAGAAAGUGGAAGUUAAGGAAGAAAAUGGAAAAUUAGAUAACGAUGAAGCUAGUCGAACACCUAAGAGUGAGCGUAUAGCUGAUGAACUACCAAAAUCUGGAUCUGUUAGCAGUCUAUUAUCUGCUUGGAAAAAUCGUAGUUCUGAUCAGUCUCCAUCGACACCGGUAGUACGCUCCAACUUCACACGCCAAGAAAAGAAAAAGUCAACCCCAGUCGUCGUUGCAGAAAACAGUAUACAAAAUUCUGAGCCGGAAAUAAAAGAAGAAAAGAAUAACCAUGAAGAGGUAGAUAGUUCUUCAUACAUCCGCUCAUCCGUAUCAAAUACGGAUAAGGAUGAAUUGAAGAAUAUACCAUUACCAUCUGCUCGUUCGCUUCGCUCCUUAUUUGAAAAGGGCGGCGAAACGAAACCUGUAGAAAAGAAAGUAAGCGUCACUCGACGCUUCUCAUUCGAGAAACAGAAAGAGCCAAUUGUUACGUCGAAAGAUGAUGCCAUUGAUGAAGAUCAAACUAAAUCAAAUGGGACAACACACCAACCAGAUGUUGUUGAUAGUAAGGAUGGGACUCCAUCUAGAUUGUCGCCGGACGAGGAAAAGCCAGUUAAAGGUUCCAUAAAGAGCCUCCUUGCUAAAUUCAAUCGCUAA